UUUCUUCUGCCAGCCCCCAUCUGUUUCCUGAGCCUGGUGUUGCCACCCCUCAGUCCAGCAGCUCCCAUCUCCCCAGCGGAGCCCAUCAGUCAAGCUUAUAGCCUGGCCCUCUACAUGCAGAAGAACACAUCAACACUGCUGCAGACCUAUCUCCAGUACCAAGGCAGCCCCUUCAGUGACCCUGGCUUCUCAGCCCCUGAGCUCCAGUUGAGCAGUCUACCACCUGCUUCAGUCUCCUUCAAGACCUGGCAUGCUCUGGAUGAUGGGGAGCGGCUGAACCGUGCCCAGGGAGCCUUUCUGGCCUUGACUCAGCACCUCCAGCUCGUGGGAGAUGACCAGAGUGACCUGAAUCCUGGCAGCCCCAUCCUGCUGGCUCAGCUUGGAGCUGCAAGACUCAGGGCUCAAGGCUUGUUAGGGAACAUGGCUGCCAUCAUGGCUGCCCUGGGCCUGCCUAUCCCCCCAGAAGAGGAUACACUGGGAGUUGUUCCCUUUGGAGCCUCUGCCUUCGAGAGGAAAUGUCGAGGCUAUGUAGUGACUCGGGAAUAUGGGCACUGGACAGAUAGAGCUGUGAGGGACUUGGCUCUGCUCAAAGCCAAAUACCCAGCAUAAAGGAACAGGAUUUCCUGUGAAAGGCUACAACACUUCUUUCACAAUGGACUUAUCUGCCUUCUAGGAUAAAGAAAACAAAAAGGAGCUGCAUCUUAUUUAUACACAGGGCUGUAUGCCUUUUCUUUGGGAAUAUUUCCUGGAAGCUAAUUCAAUAUUCCUUAUUGCCUGGUCCUUCCCGCCCAGGUCCUAUGGCCUCCCUUCCAGAUCUAGGUGGGCUCUACUUAUCCUUUUUGUGGACUACCAAUUCAGUGGUACCCAGUUUCCUACUUUCUGCUUAUAAAGAGCAGCCUCCUUGUCCAGGGAUUUUCCUGAGACUUUCCCUUUCCUGUA